CCUGCCCAUGCUGAAUUGCAAAGUUGGAAGGCAUCCUGGGGGUCAUCUAGUCCAGCCCCUGCAAUGCAGGAAUCUCAACUAAAGCAUCCGUAACAGAUGGCCCUCCAAGCUCUGCUUGAAAACCUUCAAGGCUUCUGUCCUCCUACAUCCCACUUCAGACUUCAUGGCGUAUCUCCUCCACAGGCUCCUUUUUUGCAGGGCUGUGAGGUGCUUGGGAUACCUUCCCUUAUACAGAUAUUUGUAAACCUGCCUGUACCUCUCCAGGGGCUCAGCCUGGACCUCCCGCCUUCGCCGCCGCCCACAGCUGCCAGGGAUCCAGACACUCCUUCAGGAAACGAACAAGUUAAUUGUUUGCCACGAAGGAAAAUGACGGAAGGUUGCUUGCUCCAAAUGUUCAAAUGCCCUCUGCGCUUUCAACUCCUUAAAUAAGGUUGCAAUUCUAUCCCACUCCCUGCACUGGGUCAGGGCUCCUGUGCCUUUAACAGCUGUAUGACAGGCAGAGAUCCAACAGGUACAGUUGUUCCUUACAUGACAGGAGGGCGCUCGUUUCCUACCGGGGCGUUUUCGCCGACGGACCCGUUGCCCCUGGAGACCUGUUCCGUUCCUCUUCGGGGUCCGGCUGGAAUCAUGGAGCCCAGCGGUAUGCGGCCGAGGCCAGGGCCGUUCCUGGCCUGCGCCUGCUUCUUCACCGACAACCUGUUCGUGCCGCGGUAUGGGCUUCACCUCCGCUACCACGGGGAUCCAGAGCAGCUGCGGAGGGAUUAUGGACCGGUUGAAAAAGAAGUCCAGAGGAGAAAGGAAUUAGCGUACCGCUCUAGGGAAAGGAAAGCAAUAAUUUCGCAGAACUACAAGCCAAAGCAUCCUCAACUGUAUACUUUACAGGAAUCAUUUCUUGCACCAGAAUUUUUAGAAACGGUCAGAUACUGCACGUCCAAAGGUGCUGAUCUUCAAGGCCUCUUGGACCGUGUGGAAUCUAUAUCAGAUAAGAGCAUCUACCGACUGCCAGUGUUUGCCAAAGAAUUCUGUCAAGCUUUCAUUGAGGAGCUAGAGAACUUUGAACAAUCUGAGCUACCCAAAGGGAGGCCCAACUCUAUGAAUAAUUAUGGGGUUCUCUUAAACGAACUUGGGUUGGAUGAAACUUUCAUCACCUCUCUGCGUGAAAAAUACCUGCAACCCCUCACAGCUUUGCUUUACCCGGACUGUGGGGGAGGCUGUUUGGACAGUCAUAAGGCCUUUGUGGUGAAAUAUGCUUUGCAGGAAGACCUGGAUUUGAGUUCCCACUAUGACAAUGCGGAAGUGACUCUCAACAUUUCCCUGGGGAAAGAGUUCACUGAGGGCAACCUCUAUUUUGCUGAAUUCAGAAAGGACAGCAACCCAGUGCCAAAGUACAUCGAAGUUGAACAUGUUCCCUUCCAUGGCUUAUUCCACCGGGGAGGACAAAUUCACGGGGCGCUGCCUAUCGCCUCUGGAGAGCGCUGGAACCUGAUUAUCUGGAUGCGAUCGUCCAUUGUCCGGAAUCAUCUUUGCCCCAUGUGCGACAGAGAGCCUGAAUUGGUGCAGGCAGAGGGAUUUGGAGAUGGGUUCACCAGGAAUUCUGAAACUGUACAGCCUGAGACUCUGGAUGUGUGCUCCUUAACCUAGGGAGGUCC